ACUGUCAGUAAGCUAGCACCACACACCAAGUCUUACAACCCUGUCGUCUCCAAUCUCUCUUCAUCGCCUAUCCCUAACCGAAUUCCAACCAACAUUCAAUCUCGAACCAUUGCCCCAAUUAUAUCAUAUCGACAAUCCAUCCCCUCCCCACAGGAUAACAUGCCCUCACGUGCACUUACAGACAAACGACUUUCCAGUUUCCCUUACUCACCCAGCAAAAUUCCCGAGAACGUUCGCCCGCCCCAACACAGCCACAUUGUGUUUUUUCUGGUUGGGGGCUCUGGGAUAGGCACUGCAGGCGGCGGGUUGAACUUGGGAACCCGGGAGGACUAGAGCCUAUUAUGUAUUCUUGGGUGGUAGGACAAUGUAAGGGGUGAGGGUCCUGGUUCCGGGGUUUGGUUGGUUGUGAGGUGGAGUGGGUGGUGUGGGUGAGAUAUAUGAUUUUGUCGGAUUGAAUUGUUUUGGGGGGUGGAGGGGGAG